AUGGCGGAGAUGCCCCUCGCGCCGGUGCGCUCCAUGGACGACGGCUUCUGGCUGGAAAGGGACCACCACGACGACUCCGCCGCCUCCGACGCGGUCGUCUCUGCUUACCACCUCUCCGACGGUGACGUUCAGGAAAUACUUGACCUGCUGAUGGGGUACCAGGACCAGCACGGAGAGGAUCAACAUGCGCUUCUUCUUCACGGGGAUUCCGAGGAUGACUACGAGGAGGACAGCGAUGAUGAUGAUGACGAUGAUUCGGAGGAGGAAGAGGAAAGCGACGGCGAGUUUGAAGAGCUCUCGUUGUUGCAGACGCUACACCCCACGAGGAAGAUCCCGCGGUUUCUUGGAGGUUCGGCCCCGCACUUCAUCGCCGCAGGGACGACGGGCGGCUUCAUGCGGGUCGCCGCCGCGGACGCUCCGCACCAAGAACAAGGAGGGGGCGAGAGGCACAUCCUCCUGGUGCACUACCGCUACACCCGCUUCUCAGCCGCAUCGUCGUCCGACGGCAGCGUGGAAGCGCGCGGGAGCACGAGAGAGCACCAGCUCCGGUUCAUCGCCGGCGCCGGCCACGGGGCCAGGUCGCUGGACUGGGCCGGCGCGUCGCUGGCGCACCUCAUAUACCCUGACGGCUGCAGCAAGCGGCUCCGAGAGCUAUGGACGAGCCUGGCGUCUCAGGUGAGCCUCCCGCCGGGCGCCGUGCGCAUCGAGGUGUUCGUUGACGUCGGCAUCCUCUGGCGGACCAACAGCACGGAGGACAGCUUGGACCACAUGCGCGCCGCCCUGGAGGACAUGAUGGAGAAGCCGUGGCCCGCCCGCUUCACCGGCAUGGAGCUCAACCUGCCGGAACCGGUGCGGUGCGGCCACGACGACAACGACAGGGAUGGCGAACAGAGGCCGGCGAAGCGAAGGAGGGUGGUGGCCACCGAGGACGAGGAGAGCUGCAGCGUCUGCUACGAGCUUCUCAAGGGCGACGACCUCGCGGCGUGGCCGGGAUGCGGCAAGCCCCACGUCCUCCAUGGCGCGUGCAUGCAGGCCGUCCUCGAGAGCAACCCGCUGUGCCCUAUGUGCAGGCGCGAUCUCUACAUCAAGCCCAAAUUCUAAGUUCGACCAGUUGUGCAAAUGUAACUUGUGUAUGAAACUUGCUAUUCUUCAGAUAUUAUUUGUUUGCUGAAGCAUAGCUUU